UCCUCCGCAGUUCAAGCCCUGUCUCCUCCUCCUUAACUCACUCACAUCACUCACUCAUAACUGCCCUAACACUCUCUCUAAUCUCAUUUUAUUAAACCAAAUCAUCAAAUUUUAAUCUUAAAAUCUCCUAAUUUUAGCCAUUGAGCUGUUUGAAAUUAAAAUCUUCAUCUCCCCCUUUUAAAAAAUGGUUUCUCCAGAAAAUUCGAAGUCCAAACACGCUUCCAUGGCUAAAACUAAUUCUAAUAAAUCUUGCUUCAGUGACUCUUUAAUCUAUCUGGGCGGCGCUCUUCUCUCUUUUUUACUCCUCUGGUCUCUCUGGUCUUACACCUCUCCGUCUCUUAAAUUAGAUGCCGAUUCCAUCAGUUUCUCGCCGGUUUUAAAUCGGGGAAAACCCGCUGUUGAUCUCGGGUAUGACCCGCCCGACCCGACUUUCUACGACCAUCAAGACCUCAGCUACUCCGUCGGAAAACCUAUUAAAAACUGGGACGAGAAGCGGAGAGAUUGGCUUAAGCAUCACCCUUCUUUUGCGCCCGGUGCGCGUGACCGGGUCGUUAUGGUAACCGGGUCUCAGACUAAACCCUGUAAGAACCCGAUUGGCGACCAUUUUUUGUUACGGUUCUUUAAAAAUAAAGUUGAUUACUGUAGAAUCCACGGCCACGAUGUGUUCUACAACAACGUGUUAUUACACCCGAAAAUGACGAGUUUUUGGGCGAAGUAUCCGGUGGUUAAAGCGGCGAUGAUCGCGCAUCCCGAGGCUGAGUGGAUCUGGUGGGUCGACUCGGACGCUUUAUUCACCGACAUGGAGUAUAAACUCCCGUUACGCCGUUACGAUCUCAAGAAUCAUAAUUUAGUCGUCCACGGCUGGGCUAAGUUAAUCUACGGCGCUAAAAGCUGGACGGCGUUAAACGCCGGAGUUUUCUUAAUCAGAAACUGUCAGUGGUCGAUGGAUUUUAUGGAGAAGUGGGCCAACAUGGGGCCCAUGGGUGCUGAGUAUAAAAAGUGGGGCAAGAUCCAACGGUCAAUAUUCAAAGACAAGCUAUUCCCGGAGUCAGAUGAUCAGACGGCCUUGAUUUACAUGCUGUAUAAUGACAAGAGUUUAACGGACAGGAUUUACUUAGAAGGGGAGUAUUAUUUGGAAGGGUAUUGGGUGGAUAUAGUGGAUACAUACGAUAACAUAACGGGAAAAUACACGGAGAUGGAGAAAGCGGACGUGAAGUUACGGCGACGGCACGCGGAGAAGGUGACGGAGCAAUACGGUGCGUUUAGAGAGCGGCAUUUGAAGGGAGCGGGUAACGGAAGAGGGAGCUGGAGACGGCCGUUUGUAACGCAUUUUGCGGGAUGUCAACCGUGUAGCGGGGAGUAUAAUAAGAUGUAUGAGGGCGACAAGUGUUGGAAUGGGAUGGUUAAGGCUUUGAAUUUUGCUGAUAAUCAAGUGCUUAGAAAGUAUGGGUUUGUACAUCCGGAUUUACUGGAUUCUAACUCUGUUGUUGAGACUCCCUUUGAUUAUCCUGAUGAGGGACCAUGGUAAGAUAGGAAAGGUUUAAACAAUUUAUAGUGUAAGUUGUUUUUAAUGAUGUGGUACUAUGUGAUUGGGUGAAAAUUAUAAUUAUUUAAUUAUUGUCCUUAA